CGUCAAAGCUACAUUGUUGGGCCUGUAAUCAUCAUGAGAACUCUGAUGCUGCUCUUUUUUGGCGUAACCACUUGCUGGGCCACGGACUACGAACUGAUGCUCGAGGAUCCGGACAUUUUUUCGACCUGUACCGAGGGUCCACCCGGGUCAAUCAGUGUCGGUGAGGCAGCAAACUUCGACGAUUUUGUGAUCGAACAGGAGUCUGAUAUACUCCACCUCUCCGGCAGCGUGACCGUUCAGUGGGAUGUGCAGCCCACCGAUCGAAUUUCGGCCAGGGUCGAUUUGUUGCACUUCAACCGCGGCACCUGGGAGCCCACCAUCUUCAGCAUAGCCACCAAGGACUUUUGCUCCAUCAUGUACGACAAGAACCAGUACUGGUACAAGUACUGGACACGGUUCGUUCUCCAUCAGCACGAAGUGGCAAAGAAGUGCCUCAGAGAGCCCGGACUUGUUUUGGAACACGAGCCAUUCGAUUUAAGGCUUAAACUUGAAAAUGUUCAUGGCCCCAAUCUUCGGGGACGUCAUAAGAUGGUCAUCAAGUUACAGGCUUCCGAUGAGAAUGACGUUCCACGCCCAAAUUCUAUUUGCACAGAAAUCAGAGGAGAUCUUUUAAAGUUGAAAUAGGGGACGAAUUCAAUAAACUUAUAAAAACAUUGUUAAUAUUGUACAAAUUUAGAAACUUAAUUGUUAAAAAGAUGUUUGGUCAAGGAAGCACAGAAGAGGUUCUCCUUCGCAAAGUAAUAGUCAUUACUUCAUAAUGCUUUUCUGCUCUUUUCUCGGUCCAAGUCCAUUGAAAAAUGAAUAUUAGUUAUAAAUAGUUCCUUUGACGAAAGUGGAAAUUAAAGUGAUACUUCUACUUCUA